AUGACGUCCUCGAGUGAACCAUUCUACUUGCGAUAUUACUCUGGCCAUAUGGGUCGUUUCGGUCACGAAUUCCUGGAAUUCGAUUUCCGAGUCGUCGGCGAUGGUCGCAGUGCGGUAGCCCGAUAUGCCAACAACUCCAACUACCGAAACGAUAGUUUGAUCCGAAAAGAGAUGUGUGUCAGCUCAGUAGUUGUCGACGAAAUCAAGCGCAUUAUCAAGACGAGCGAGAUCACCAAAGAAGAUGAUUCGAAAUGGCCUCAGAAGAACAAAGACGGACGCCAGGAAUUGGAGAUUCGGAUUGGUAACGAUCAUAUCGCGUUCGAGACCGCCAAGAUUGGAUCCCUGGUGGAUGUCACAGAGUCUGCUGACCCAGAAGGUCUGCGAGUGUUCUACUACCUUGUUCAGGAUCUCAAGGCUCUAGUUUUCAGCUUGAUCGCUCUGCAUUUCAAGAUCAAGCCAAUUUAA